UGGUUAUUUCGAGCCAAAGCUAAUGCAAUGCCAACAAACUAGAAUUGUGACACAAUUACGAGCACGCUACAAACUUUAGAAUAGCUCUAAAAAUAAUCCGACUGCAUAUAAUGGCCUACUAAUUCAAAUUAACAUGGUCAAUGUGGCUUAACACCUAAAUAAAAAGCUAUUGCUCGAUGAAACUAAAACGCUUUACAUUUUUAUUUUUGCAUAAAUAAACGUGUGUAGCAAUGAAUGUGAAAUUAAAAUGGCUUCCAUGCUUCAUUAUAAUAAAUUGUGUGCUUUGCAUCCGAGGAGAGAGAACUAUAGGAGCAAUUUUUGAUGAUGGAAGUUUUUUAUACGAAGCAGCGUUUAAUGUAGCCAUUGACACAGUAUCAGAAAAUGAAGAUAAUAAAUUUGUAGCAAAUGUUAUAAAAACUUCUCCAGGAGAUAUUCUUGAAGCAGAAAAUGCUAUGUGUAAUAUUCUUGAGAGUUCUACAUUUGCAAUAUUUGGACCUACAGUUAAGACAACUGUGCAACAUAUACAGAAUAUUGCAGAUUUUAUGGAAAUUCCACAAAUAAUUACCGAGCCUAUCGAAACACAAAAUCGAAAUUGGUCCGCAGUUAAUUUAUACCCUCAUCAUGUCGCUUAUUCAAAGAUUUUUGCAGAUAUUAUAGUAAUGAAAGGUUGGACAGAUUUCACAAUCAUUUAUGAAGGUUCCGAGCAUUUGCCUAACUUGGAUAGCGUAUUCGCUAUUCAAGAUUUAAUUUCUGGAGAAGAUGUUUCAAUGACUGUUGUACAACUACCUGACAGUGAUGACUUCAGAUCGCAGCUCAAAACAAUAAAAUCUUCAGGAUCACUCAAUUAUUUGGUAAAUUGUGGAACAGAUAAAUUGACUCAAUUCUUGGAACAAGCUCAACAAGUUGGAAUUAUGUCUGAUGAUCAUAGCUAUAUUAUAAUGGAUCCUGACUUUCAAACCAUUGAUAUUAAUCCUUAUAAACAUGGUGGUUCUAAUAUUACAGGAAUUAGGUUUUUCGAUCCGGAAUUGAAAUAUAUUCAGAAUUUUAUAUCUACUUUAAAUGAGAAGUUAAAAACGCUUUCAGAAGGAAAAAUUGAAAAUGAAAUUAGUGAAAACGGUCUUAAUUUUAAGUUGGCGUUAGUUUAUGAUUCAGUAAUGUUAUACACUUCAGCCAUAGCGGAAAUGGGUUUGGAGGAAAGCGCCAAUUUUACUUGUGACAGUGGUGAGACUUGGACGUUCGGCUCCACUGUUAUAAAUUACGUUAGAACUACGGAAGUUGAUGGUUUGACUGGAACUAUUAAAUUCGAUAAUGAAGGUGUUCGUUCUGAAAUAGAGGUUGAUGUAUUGGAAGUCAUGGCCCAUGGUUUGGAAAAGGUUGGAACAUGGACGACAGAAGAUGGUUUUACUGAAUCCAGAAAAGUAAUACCAGCAAUUGAAAAAGAAGGAAGUGAUUCUAUGAAAGGAAAACAUUUUAUUGUUUUAACUGCGUUGAGUGCUCCGUAUGGUAUGCUUAAAGAAUCCUCCGUAACACUAGAAGGCAAUCAACGCUACGAAGGUUUCGGUAUAGAAAUAAUUGAAGAACUAGCCAAGAUGAACGAAUUUAAUUAUACGUUUGAAAUCCAAGCCGAUGGUGUUUAUGGUUCAUAUGACGCUAAAAUUGGUAAAUGGACUGGGAUGAUGGAGAAAAUAAUGGACGGUAAAGCUCAUUUCGCUAUAACUGAUCUGACUAUAACAGCAGCACGACAAAAAGUGGUCGAUUUUACCAGUCCAUUUAUGAAUUUGGGUAUAACAAUAUUAUACAAAAAACCAACGAAACAACCCCCCGAUUUGUUUUCUUUCAUUUCUCCGUUUUCAUAUGCGGUUUGGGGUUAUUUAGCUGGGGCUUACGUGGGUGUAUCAGUAUUACUUUUCUUACUUGGUCGAUUCGCUCCGGAGGAGUGGCAGAAUCCAUACCCCUGCAUAGAAGAGCCGGAAACAUUGGAUAAUCAAUUUACAUUAGCUAAUUCUUUUUGGUUCACACUAGGAAGUGUACUUACACAAGGAUCUGAAAUCGCACCUAUCGCAGUUUCAACAAGAUUGGCAGGAAGCAUGUGGUGGUUUUUUACCCUUAUUAUGGUAUCAUCAUACACAGCCAACCUUGCUGCAUUUUUGACUGUUGAGUCAAAAUUUUAUGCAAUAAAAAGUGUAUCUGAUUUAGCGAACAAUCCAUAUGACAUAACUUAUGGUGCAAAGAAAGGAGGUGCAACAUUUGGUUUCUUCAAGGAAUCAGACAAUAUACUAUAUCAAAAAAUGUAUCAUUAUAUGGAAGACCACCCAGAAUUAAUGACGCAAACAAAUGAAAUAGGCCUUGAAAGAGUAAAAUCUACGACUGAAAAUUACGCAUUUCUCAUGGAGUCAACAUCUAUCGAAUAUAUGGUAGAGAGAAAUUGUGAUGUUGCUCAAGUUGGAGGGCUUUUAGACAGCAAAGGAUAUGGCAUAGCAAUGAAAAAAAAUUCGCCAUAUAGGCAACCAAUGAGUGAGUCUAUAUUGCAGUUACAAGAACAAGGAAAAAUAACAAGAAUGAAAGAUAAGUGGUGGAAGGAGAAGAGAGGAGGCGGUGCAUGUGCGGAUGACGAUGCAAGUAGCGGUGAUGCUCAACCAUUAGUAUUAGCGAAUGUGGGUGGUGUGUUCAUCGUGCUCGCAGCUGGUUCAGGCUUAGCCGUCGUUUGCGCCUUCAUAGAAAUGAUCGUUGAUGUGUGGAUGAUCUCGCAUAGAGUAAAGGUACCAUUCAAAGAUGAACUAAUCGCCGAAUUAAAGUUCAUAUUUAGCUUUAGCGGUGACGUGAAACCGGUACGUCAUAGAGAACCGUCUGGUAGUGGAUCCAAGGGUUCUAAAAAAGAGGAAGACCAGGAAGAAGAUGAUGUAGAAUCAACUAGAGAAGACGAGAGGUUUGACGCACCAACGCCACAUUCAGAGAGGUCCAGCCACUCUCAUCAUACCCUUCAUAGUAGGCGACAGAGUAAUGCGGUUCAGAUGGCGAAAAUGCGUAAAUACAGCAGACAAUUAUCAAACACGACAAAAUAGCCUAUAAUUUUUAACUGACUUCAAAAAAGGAGGAGGUUACUUAAUACGACCGACAGUAAAAAUAUUUUAAAUUAUUACGAUUUUUAACAGCCUCACAAAUUUUGGAAAUUUAUCGUAGAAUGCGCAGAUCCUUAUAUAUAAUUUCCCUAUUAUAUCCCAAGCAACGAUUUAUUUUAAAACCAAUUUUAGUUCAGUUUAAUUGUUAUUCGUUAGUUUUAGUACUAUUACUGUGAGUUGAAACUUUUUUAGUAGAAAAUACAUAUGAUAUUACCGACCCAGACAAAACAAAUAAUUUCUAAUCAAAAAAUUAAAAAAGAAUGCCAUCCUGUGAAAAAAGAGAAGUAAUGAUUGAAUGAAGUGAUAUUAAUAAAACUAAACGUAUACAACCUAGAAAAUGAAACUUGGUAGCUGCAAUAAAAUUAAUAAGACUUAUAAAAAGACACGAGAUAUAAUGUAAUAAGUUUGCGGAGCAAUUUGUUCUGCUAAUGGAAGCUCGGUGAAAGAUGGUGGUUGUGGUCACUGAGGUCGGUGUCCAUUUCGCGACGGACACUGAAAUAAUGAUCGUAUAUAUCAUUCAAUGCUAUGCAGAUUUAUAGAUGUAUAUGAGACGGUCAACUUUGUAGAUUUAAUUAAAGAAAAUAUAAUAAUGAUUUGUA